ACUUCUCAACAAGAGAAACUGUACUUGGGGAGGAAUCCGAUCUCCAUAUUUCUUCUUUCAGCUUCAUCAAGGGUCGUGGUUGGAACCUUCCAUCAAUUCUUUUCUUUUUCUUUUUUUCUCUCUCUCUCUCUAGCCCUUGCCCGUUGCUCUCUCUGCCUGUCACAGUUAAGUCAGCUGCAGGCCUCCACAGUGUGGCUGGGACACUGUGAAAUGUGUCAGAAGGGUGUCAGGUAUUUCUUGCUGGCUUCCCAAAAACGGAGAUAAAGAAGUCUUUCCCGGGGUGCCCCUUUCAGGCUGCUUUUGGGCACUGUCUUGAGUUGAAGCAGAAGGAGGUGAAGGGCGACAGCAAAAGAGCCGGGGAGAAGAUGCCCCGGGGCUGCCGGCCGGCGGGUGAGCACUCCUGGGGCAGAAGCACCUGCCUCGCUAUGCUCAGCCAAAGUCAAGUUAGUCUCUAUUGACAGUUCAAGCCCAUGAAGACCAUGCUGCUCUUCCUUGUCACUCUGUUGCCGGUAGUUUUUAGUCUCCCAGCACUCCGUCCCUGGAACUGCCCUGAAGGCUCCCCCUCGGGCAAUGGGAACUCCACGUGUGCGGUUUGGUUUCUUUCUUCCCACUCAGGUCCUGCACCCUUCUUAAUUUUCUCUCAUGGAAAUAGCAUCUUUAGGAUUGACCUGGAAGGAACCAAUCAUGAGAAAUUGGUGACAGAUGCUGGUGUAUCAGUGAUCAUGGACUUUCAUUACAAUAAAGAAAGAAUCUAUUGGCUAGAUCCAGAAAGACAACUUUUGCAGAGAGUUUUUCUGAAUGGGACAAGGCAAGAGAGAGUAUGCACUAUAGAGAAAAAUGUCUCAGGAAUGGCAAUAAAUUGGAUAAAAGAAGAACUAAUUUGGUCAAAUCAACAGGAAGGAAUCAUUACAGUCACAGAUAUGGAAGGAAACAAUCCCCGUGUUCUCUUAAGCACCUUAAAAUACCCUGCAAACGUAGCAGUCGAUCCAGUAGAAAGGUUUAUAUUUUGGUCUUCAGAGGUGGCCGGCAGCCUUCACAGAGCAGAUCUCAAAGGUGUGGAAGGGAAGAUUCUGUUCGAGACGUCAGAGAAAAUAACAGCUAUGUCACUGGAUGUGCUUGAUAAACGGCUCUUUUGGAUUCAGUACCACAGUGAAGGGAGCAAUUCUCGCGUUUGUUCCUGUGAUUAUGAUGGAGGUUCUGUCCAUUUCAGCAAACAUCUUGCACAGCACAAUUUGUUUGCAAUGUCCCUUUUUGGAGACCGUAUCUUCUACUCAACAUGGAGAAAGAAGACGAUUUGGAUAGCCAACAAACACACUGGGAGGGAUAUGGUUAGGAUUAACCUCAACUCAUCACUUGCACCACCUGGUGGAAUUAAAGUAGUACACCCACUUGUACAGCCCAAGGCAGAGCCUGAUGCUGUGACGUCUGAUCAGAAACUCUGCAAACUGAGGAAAGGUAACUGCAGAGGCAGCGUGUGUGGGCAAGCCCCUAAGUCCUAUCUGUGCACGUGUGCGGAGGGCUACGCCUUAAGCCAGGACGGGAAGCACUGUGAAGAUGUCAAUGAAUGUGCCCUUUGGAAUCACGGCUGUACUCUUGGGUGUGAAAAUACCCCCGGAUCCUAUUAUUGCACAUGCCCUGUAGGAUUUGUUCUGCUUCCUGAUGGGAAACGGUGUCACCAAUUAAUUUCCUGUCCAAGCAAUGCAUCUGAAUGCAGCCAUGACUGUGUUCUGACUUCGGAUGGUCCCAUAUGUUUCUGUCCUGAAGGCUCAGUGCUUGAGCCAGAUGGAAAAACAUGCAGUGGCUGCUCAUCACCUGAUAAUGGUGGAUGUAGCCAACUCUGCCUCGCUCUCAGCCCAGUAUCCUGGGAAUGUGGCUGCCUUCCUGGGUAUGACCUUCAACUGGACAAAAAAAGCUGUGUAGCGUCAGGACCACAACCGUUUUUGCUGUUUGCCAAUUCCCAAGAUAUUCGACACAUGCAUUUUGAUGGAACUGAUUAUGGAACCCUACUCAGCCAGCAGAUGGGAGCGGUUUUCGCUCUAGACCAUGACCCUGUGGAAAAUAAGGUAUACUUUGCCCAUACAGUCCUGAAGUGGAUAGAGAGAGCCAAUAUGGAUGGUUCCCAGCGAGAAAGGCUCAUCGAGGAAGCAAUAGAUGCUCCCGAAGGUCUUGCUAUAGACUGGAUUAACUGCAAACUCUAUUGGACAGACAGAGGGAAAUCUGUCAUUGAAGGCAGUGAUUUAAGUGGAAAACAUCGUGAAAUACUCAUUAAGGAGGACGUCUCUCAGCCUCGAGGAAUCGCUGUUCAUCCAAUGGCCAAGAGAUUAUUCUGGACUGAUAUGGGGAUUAAUCCACGAAUUGAGAGUUCUUCCCUUCAAGGCAACGGCCGGCUGGUUAUUGCUAGCUCUGAGCUGGUCUGGCCCAGUGGAAUAACGAUUGAUUUCUUAACUGACACGUUGUAUUGGUGCGAUGCCAAGCAGUCUGUGAUUGAAAUGGCCAAUCUGGAUGGUUCAAACCGCCAAAGACUUGCCCAGAACGAUGUAGGUCACCCGUUUGCUGUGGCUGUGUUUGAGGAUCACGUGUGGCUCUCCGACUGGACCAUGCCAUCGGUAAUAAGGGUGCACAAGAGGACUGGCAAAAAUAGGGUACGUCUCCGAGGCAGCAUGCUGAAGCCCUCAUCACUGGUUGUAGUUCAUCCAUUGGCAAAACCAGGAGCGGAUCCCUGCUUAUUCCAAAAUGGAGGCUGUGAACAUAUUUGCAAAGAGAAGUUUGGAAUUGCUCAGUGCUCAUGUCGUGAAGGUUUUGUGAAAGCCCCAGGUGGGAAGAAGUGUCUGGCUCUAAAUGUUCAUCAGAUAUCGGCAGGUAGCAACGCAGAUCUAAGUAAUCAAGUAAUGCCAUCAGGCAUCUUAUCCAGCAGUCGAGGAUUUGAAGAUAACAUUACAGAAUCUCAACAUAUGCUGGUGGCUGAAAUCAUGGUGUCAGAUGAAGAUGACUGUAGUCCCGUGGGAUGUGGUCCGCACUCUUGGUGCGUCUCAGAGGAAGAGGUUGCCACGUGCCAGUGUUUGAGAGGAUUUGCUGGGGAUGGAAAAGUAUGUUCUGAUAUGGAUGAAUGUGAGAUGGGUAUCGCGGUUUGCCCGCACCCCUCCUCCAAGUGCAUCAAUACAGAAGGCAGCUAUGUUUGCACGUGCUCAGAAGGCUACCGAGGAAAUGGGACUCACUGUCUUGAUAUUGACGAGUGCCAGCUGGGCGUGCACACCUGUGGGGAAAAUUCCACCUGUACAAACACAGAGGGAAACUACACCUGCCUGUGUGCCAGCAGCCUGUCUGAACCCCGGCGGAUUUGCCCCGACUCGACUCCACCCUCUCAUCUCAAGGAGGAUGGGCGCCAUUCUGUGAGAAAUGGUUACUCGGAAUGCCCCCCGUCCCACGCCGGGUACUGCCUCCACGGCGGCAUGUGUAUGUACAUUGAAGCCGUGGACCGCUACGCAUGCAAGGUGGUUUCGCAGUGGGCAGUGUCACCUGCGGCCCGGAAACCCUGCGGCCCUCCUGCGCACUCACCCAGAACACCUUCCCCGUGGGGCUUUUCAUAAAGUGACACUCACAAU